AUGCGUUCAGAUGCAGCCCUGCGACCUAGGACAGCGCUGUUCCCUCCUGCUGUUGAGUCCCCGCAGGAUAGUGGAGCCCCUGUGUCCCUGCGUGAGGAUCCCGACACCAGACUCUGCAUGGGUCGCCAGGGCACUGUGAUAAACAGAGAGAAAGGUGACCCAGGCACUGCAGAACACCAGCAUGCUGAAUGUCAAGAAGUUGGCUUUAUUGAAGGUGUCAGUGGAAACAGUCACAGUAAACACAAGUCCAAAUGUGAUUUGCUGGAGGAUGCAGGUGACUGGAUUUGGACAGCCAAUGCAGAGAAAGGAGCAGAAGAAGCAGAGGAGGAGAGAGAUGAGCAGGAUGUAACUGAGAGUCCGGUUAUAGGCCUUGACUGUGGAAGUAUCUUGAUGCUUCACAAAGAUCCACAAGACCACAGCUCUUCUGGCAGUUCUGGAGCUGCAUUUUACAAAGGGAGAGCCCAAGUGUUUGGUAUGACACUAGUUUUGCCCUGGAAAGAACAGAAUAGAUUCCCUGACAUGGACUAUCAGCCCCAGGAAAUUGGAAAACUGGGCAAGAAGCACUGUCAGAAAAAUGUACAUUUUAUUUUGAACAGAAGUUAUUUGGUGGAUACUGCCUGUGAAAGUCAUGAAAAAAAUGAGAGUGCAAAUGCCUUGAGUCAGAUUAGAAAUCUUAUUGUACAUGAACAAUAUGUUAGUGGAAUGAAACUCUAUAAGGGAACCAAGUUUGAAAAAACCUUCACUAAUUGUCCAUUCCUGAAGAGUCAACAAACCUGUCACACUGGACACAAAUUACAUCAAGAUGAGGAAUGUGAACAAGCCUGCAGUUGUGCCUUCUGCCUAAAAAUUCAUCUGAAAGCAGACAUUACAGAUAACCCCUCUGAAUGUCAAGAUACUGGUGGCAAAGCAUCUGAAAGUUACAAGAAAAGGCUCCAUAGUAAAGCAUAUUUUGAUUGUAAGAAAUGUGGAAAAACAUUCUCUUGCCAUUCCUCCUUCUUGGAACAUGAGAAAGGGCACUAUGGAGAGAAAAUCUUUGGCUGUGAAUUUUGUGGAAAAGUCUUUAUGUAUCUUUCUUCCCUUAUAAAGCACCUACAGUCUCACACUGGUCAGAAACCCUAUGAAUGUCAGGAAUGUGGGAAAGCGUUCAGUCGCUCUUCACACCUUCAAGGACAUGUGAGAAUCCACAUGGGAGAAAAACCUUAUGAAUGUCAGGAAUGUGGAAAAGCAUUCAGUCAGUCUUCACACCUUCAAGUGCACAUGAGAAUCCACAUGGGAAAAAAACCCUAUGAAUGUCAGGAGUGUGGUAAAGCUUUCACCCAAUCUUCAAACCUCCAAACACAUAUGAGAAAGCACACUGGAGAAAAGCCCUAUAAAUGUCAGGAGUGUAGGAAAGCUUUCAGUCGUUCUUCAUCCCUUCAAGCGCAUCUGAGAAAGCACACUGGAGAAACAACCCAUGAAUGUCAGGAAUGUGGAAAAGCUUUCACUGACUCUUCAAAUUUCCGCACACACCUAAGAAAGCACACUGGGGAGAAACCCUAUGAAUGUCAACAGUGUGGAAAAUCUUUCAGUCAUUCUUCAAACCUCCAAACACAUCGGAGAAAGCACACUGGAGAGAAACCCUAUGAAUGUCAGGAAUGUGGGAAAGCUUUCAGUCAAUAUUCACUCCUUCAAAAACACGUGAGAAUGCACACUGGGGAGAAACCCUAUGAAUGUCAGGAAUGUGGGAAAGCGUUCAUUCAGUCCACACACCUUCACGCACAUUUGAGAGUACACACUGGAGAGAAACCUUAUGAAUGCCAGGAAUGUGGGAAAGCUUUCAGCCAUUCUUCACACCUUCAAAAACAUGUUAGAAUUCACACUGGAGAGAAACCCUAUGAAUGUCAGGAAUGUGGGAAAGCUUUCAUUCAGUCCUCACACCUUCAAAAGCAUGUGAGAAUGCACACUGGAGAGAAACCCUAUGCAUGUGAACAUUGUGGGAAGGCAUUCAGUCAGUCUUCAUCCAUUCAAACACAUGUGAAAAUGCAUAUAAGAGUGAACCCUAUGAAUAUCAGGAAUAUGGGGAUGUUUUCAAUUAUCCCUCAUUCCUUAAAAACCAUGUGA